UGCCGUUUCAAAGCGGGUCCCGCCUUCUGAAUGUUUGCCGUGAUGAGCACAUCCUUCAGGUGAUGUAAACUAUGCAGGCUCAGAAGUACGGCUCCUUAAGCAGAAGAAAGGUACUGAGCACAGUGAUGUAGAGAUGUUCAGGAGAGAGCGCAGGUGCACAUAGACUGAGAUGGACAGCAGGCCCCCCCGAAGAGGACGGUGGAUCAUUAUGGGAGUCAAAUGCAGGGCUUGUGUAGCCAUUGUCUUCAUCCUCCUUUUGCUUGGCUCCAUGUGGCUACACGGGAACCUGGAGGACCACUGGAAUUCUUGCCCAAAGGUUUCUAGUGUAAAAAAUAAGGUUCUGUCUUUGAUUAGAGUUAAUAGUUCGGAUGAUGAUGUUGCUCCAUUGAGGGUGUGUCCUGGCAACAGGUUUCAAGUUGCUAAUUUGCUGGCUCACCUGCAGGCAGCACCACUCUCAACCAAUGAUGUGCUUCUAAAGCCAUACCUGGCAAGUUGGGAUGAGCUAAUCAAGUUUUUGGAAGCCCUGGGGCCAAUGGUGGGUUUAAUUUCACAAGAAAUUGAAUCGAAAACCGCCAUCAUUCGUGACCUGGCCCAAAAUGCGGAGAAAGAGGCAGAUAAAAAAAUGAAAGACAGAAAAAGAAUGCCUCAGCAAAGUGACCCAGUCUUAAUGAAAUCUCAUAAUAGAUCUCUGAACUACUCCAAAAUGAAUCACAGACUCUCAUUUGGUUACACUUCUAUUCGGUCUAUGAUUAAAUUGGAGCUAGAAAACGGUUUGGUGGACUUCUACAUGCAGACAAACUCUGGCUGCAGGACUCUGUUACGCUUGCAUCGUGCUCUGCUCUGGCUGCAAAACUUCCUGCAGGAACUGGGGAAGGAUGCAAGCGAAGGGGAGCAUCUACGAAGUCCUUCUGAGCUCUGCAAAGAAACUUACCAGCGCACACUGGCCCACCAUCACACCUGGUGGGUUAGGAAAGGAGCGGAACUGGCCUUUCUUGCCAUGCCUGAACGACCUUAUUUCUACCAGUUGGUGUGUGUGGAAACGCAGUCAGAAGCUGCUAUGGUGCUGAACAGGGUAGUGAGAGCGAUAGGAGAAGUGUACGAGAGAAAUGAAGUCGCUCUACAGGAGCACGGCAUGCUGGACCUACCCUGAGUGUAGAAAGAGGGAGGAAAAAUGAUAGGAAAUAUGAGUGGGACCAACCUGAAGAACAAGGCACUAAAUUAUAAGACUGGAGCUUUGAACCCUUAUGAAGAAAGAAUGAAGACACUGCUGGAU